AGCAGGUGGUUUUAUUUAUUUUUUAAAUGCUCAUCAAAUUGAAUUGAUAAAAAAAGGCAUUUUACAAAUAUAUAUGUUGUGUCCAAAAACUCCCAUAUGUGUUAAUAAUGGUACAAUCCAGUUAAGUUAAGUUACUGUUAAACUAUUAAGCAUUUGAGGGUAUAAGAUAGGAAGCAAGAUGGAGGGUCUGAAAAAAAAGAGGGUUGCCAAAUUUACAUACACACAAAAUUGCGUGCUUGUGUCACGUGUUGUUAACAACUGGGAUCGGCUUUAUGGUCAAAGAUCUCAGAUGCUGUCGCAAUCCAAAAAGGAUGCUAUAUGGAGUAGCAUAGUGGAACAAGUAAAUGCAUCCGGGGAUAUCGCACGAACCAUCAGCUCCUGCAAACGCCGCAUGGUGGAUAUAAAAAAUCUACUAAAAAAAAAAAUGACCGCCGUUGCAAAGCACCAAAGAGGCACAGGAGGAGGCCCACCAGUGGAUGUGAAUUUCACUAUAUACGAGGAGGAAUUAAAGGGGUGCCUUGGGCCAGAUACCAUCCUUGGAGUACCAGGAGAAUAUGACUCCGAUACCCAUAUGCUACAAGAACCAUUAAAUGAGGAAGAGACUGCCAACGACCACGAGGUGCAACCCGUGCAAGAGGGAGAUCACACCCUAAUGCUGUUUACUGAUGACGAUAGCACUCAAAUUUUGGUGGAGUAUGAAGUGAUGGAGGAUUCAAACCUGUGUGCUCCUGAAGAAGUGCAAAACGAAGAGGAUCCACAACCUGGACCGUCACAUCCUGCAGAUCAGCUGGAAAAUGUAACCCACAAUAAUGAUGGAGCAGUGGAUGCUGUACCUCUAACAAAUCAAGAAGAAGAAAGGGUGGAAGUCGCACCAGCUAUUAAUUCGUCUUCUGGCCCUAUACGGGUUCCAAGAGGAAGGAGAAGGCGGCAAUUGAUAGCUGACAGAGUAGAGGCAGCUGGUAAUGCCUCUGUUCAGUUAGAGCAAACAUUACAUUCAUUAAGGGAAGGUUUAAGGGAUAGACAAACUACCCAAGAUUCGAUUUUGACCUCCAUUGUUGGAGAAAUGAGGCGGUCCAAUGAAAACAUGGAGCGUCUUACUACGGCAGUUUUGCAGCAGCAAAUAAUUUUCAAAGAGAUGCUAGAAGAGCAUAAAAAAAUGUCCCUUGCUCUUAUGCAUCUGGUUGGCCAUAUGACGCUACCACCCCAACAACUGGCCCGAAUGGAUGAUUGAAACUAUGGUAGGGAUCCCUUGAAUAUUUGAAGGCAUCGAGGGUUUGUUUACCCUAAAUAGCUUCCUUUACCUUAGUGCA